ACUCUCAGCGGCGCCGACAGGCCGGCGGAGCGGCCGCCGCCGGCCGAGCGCCUCCCUGACCGGCCCAACCCCGACCAGUUGCGCGCCGUCGAGGCCAACCUGCUGCAGAACCUCCCGCGCAUUUUUGUCAUGACGCAAGACUUCUCAAUCUACCACAAGGACCUUGUCUUCGACAACAGAAUACGUGGAACGAAAUCGGUGGGAAUAGUGCCGUACAUCAAGCAGUGCGCCUUGCUGCGGAUAGUGGGCCACAUCAAGUUCAGCUACGUGACGCUGCAAGUGCUGCAGAGCUCGGCGCAUCCUGAGGACGACUCUAUCCGCAUCCGCUGGAGGAUCCGCGGAGUCAGCGCCCUCAAGUCCAUGUUGAUGUUCUGGAAAUUCAACAUCUUUAAGCUCCAGAACAGCAUUGACGAGCACGGCGUGGAUUGGUAUGACGGCUACUCCAUAUUCCAAGUGGGUGGCGAUGGGAAGAUCCACACGCACAUUGCCGACAAGGUGAUGCCGGACUGGAGCCGCGAGCUGGACUCCAAGCCGGCGCUGGGUGGCCUGGCCGCGCUCGUGUACGGCCUGCUGCCGGGAGCCACGGCCGGCGCCGAGCUGGGCCAGCUGCUGGCGCUGGCCGCCCGCCUGGAGUGGCUGGAACGCCAGAUCGACACCGCCCUGCCGCUCAGCGCCUCUCUUUACAAGACGGCUGGCAGCACCUGAGUCGGCCUGCGCCCGCCUCGGCGCUCUCUCCAGUAUUUAUUGUAGCUGACGGUCGAGCGUGGCGCGCCGUGUUCGCCACAGCUGCGCCGCCGGCGCGGGUCACCGCGGUCCGGUCUGUAGUGGAGCGUGGUUCGUGUCAGCCACAGCUCUGGUGCUGGUGCGACUGUGACCACCCGCUGUCGGGGGCGAGGUUCGCUCGCGGGGAAUUCGGCCUCGCGGAUGUAGUUUGCAUUUGUUUGCAAUCGAGAAGGCCGAGUGCUGGUGGGCAAUGUGCGUUGAUUAUGUAUGGCAAUUUUCUGAAACGUUGACGGAUGGCUGUCAAGACCUCUGGUCUUGGACCGUGGUAGUCUUUCAAGGCCCAGUGAACGUGAGCGGAGAAUGGACUAUAUUGUGAAGUGUGCGACAAUUCGUGUAUACUUAACGGAAAGGACGGCAGACUAUAAUAGUUUGUUGUUGUUUUCGCCAAGUCGAAAAGACGCACCCUGUUAGCGCAGACUCUGAGUUAAUAAAACUUUCGGAACACUUGGAGCAAAUUUGUUGAAUAUCUUGACGCGUAAUUAUGUCAUACUGAUGAGAUUGUGAUCCAUGACAAGUUCCGCAGGCCCUUCCACCAAACCGCUCCAUGACUAAUAUGUCUUGAUCAUGUUAUUUGGUCCCUGUUUUGGGCAUGUCCGUUGAACGAAGUGGUCUCGUCAGGAUGAUGUUUGGAAUGCUGGUUGGUAAUCGCUUGCAAGA